GUGUUCUGUCAUUAGUGUGUUCCAUUGCCUGUUUGUUAUACUUGGCUACCUUCAUAAUAGGGGAGUGGUUACAUAUGCUGUAAGUUUCAUUUAGUCAGAAAUAGUUUUGUCGCAUGCUGGUCACCUGUUUUGUAGUUAAUGAAGGGCAAAGUUCUACUUCAGAUUUGACAAUAUAUGUACAGUUUUGCGAGGGCCAACAGUCAGGUGUCCUAUGGUGACUGACAUGGAUACAACAGCUCUGAUCUACAAGGUCCUCUGUGCCCAAAAUGGGUCCUUUGAGCUGGGAGAAUUACAUGCCAACAUUAGCACGAUGGAAGAUGACCUGGAAAGUGUUUUAGGGAAUCAGGAGAUGUUUACCAGGGCUGUCUCUAAGGGAAACAAACUGAUAGUUGCCAAGACGAAGAUGAGGUUAUGCAGAGCUAAUGGAUGUAGUGGCUGCAGCAAUUUACACCUGUGUAAGUUUUAUCUGUAUGGAACAUGUCCAUCCAAUGAGAGACAAGGAUGCCGUCUCUGCCAUGAGAUGACAUCAGAGCAUAACAUCAGAGUCCUGAGAGAGCAUUAUCUGGAGGAACUGGACAGGAAGGAGCUUUGUACAUUACUGCUGCAGAAUGACAACGCCCUUUUACCCCCAGUUUGCUUCACAUACAACAAAGGUAGUGGAGAGUAUGGCUAUUGUCCUGACAAAGGGAGCUGCAGAAGACUCCAUGUCUGUGAGCGCUACAUUACAGGAACCUGUGCUGCAGACGUGGACUGUGGCAGGUCUCACGACUUCUACGAGCCCCACCCACUCAACACCCUGCAGCAGAGGGGAGUACCUAAUGAACUGGUGGCAUCCAUAUUGUCCACCUACCGCAACAUCCAGGCAAUCGGGCAUACUAAUGAUGCUAGUAACACACUUUGCAAAAAAGACUCUGACUGCCUGCUGAAAUCCAAAGCUUUACCCAGUCACUGGGAUAAAUCUUCAGUACCUGAAACUGGAUUCAAGAGGGUUGCUCUGCAGAGUUCCUCAGCUGAGCACAAGAAUAUUCUGGAUUUUUUCCAUCAUACUAUGACUGGCUUCAGUGUGAAGAGUAUUGAGAGGGUGCAGAAUUGGAUCCUGUGGGAGGUCUUUUCGUGGCAAGGAGAUGUGAUGAGAAAAACAAACGCAGGGAAGGACAAUGAGAAGCAGCUCUUCUAUGGAACAGACUCCAAACACGUGGACGCUAUAUGCCUGCAGAACAUGGACUGGAGGAUCGGUGGAACACAAGGAACACCCUAUGGGCAAGGAAGCUACUUUUCUAAGGAUGCCAAGUUCUCCCACAGCUACACCAGCCAGUCAGGAGUUAGGUCCAUGUUUGUUUGUCGUGUGCUGGUGGGAAAUUACACACAAGGACACUCCAGCUACCUCUGCCCCCCUUCAAAAGAUGGAAGUCACACCACUUCCUAUGACAGCUGUGUGGAUGAUAUCUACAACCCCUCUGUAUUUAUGGUGGUCGGGAAGCACCAGGUUUACCCAGAGUACCUUAUUCAGUACAGGGAAGGGUCCAGGCCUGAGACCUAUGUUCCAUCACCUAACUUUGUCCAAAACCAGAGCCACCACAAAAUGCACUGGCAACCUAUUCCAGUCAUGCUACACUCACAAGCCACCCCUGUGCUGCCCAACAAUGCAAGGUUCAGAUCUCCUUGCCCAACAGGACAGAGAACCCCCAGGCCUACCUUGACACAUGCUUCUGCACAGUUUGGCUCCCUGAACUCCUUGACACAUCCAUUGUUUCAGCCAGGUCUGAUGACUUACGUUUCUCAUCCACCACCCUGGGUCGGCUCUAUGACCUCCAUACCACGCGCACCUCCAUCAAGGACAAGAAGAUCACAGUUUACUAAAAUGAAAGCAAAAAGUAAAUCUAUGGCAUCACUAGAUAAUCUAUAAGUCUGUAAGGGCUGUUGUCCUCCUCUUCCUCAGAUGAGGAGAGGAGAGAAGGAUCAGUGGACCAAUACGCAGCAGUAGGGAAAUAAGCCAUCUCUUUAUUUGAAACGACGGCAACACGAAAACAAAACACUUACAAAAUUACAAAACGACGUAGACGAAAACCUGAACAUGAACUUACAUAACUAAACGUAGAACUCACGGACAGGAACAGACUACAUCAAAACGAACGAACAGCCAAACAGUCCCGUAUGGUACAGACAUGAACGAAACAGGAGACAAUCACCCACAAACAAACAGUGAGAACACCCUACCUAAAUAUGACUCUCAAUUAGAGGAAAACGCAAAACACCUGCCUCUAAUUAAGAGCCAUACCAGGCAACCCAAAACCAACAUAGAAACAGAAAACAUAGACUGCCCACCCAAAACACACGCCCUGACCAUAAACACAUACAAAAACAACAGAAAACAGGUCAGGAAUGUUACAAAGUCUUGGUAGUCAAUUUUUUCUUUUGAAAUUUAGGGGGAAAUUACCUUUAUGUAUAAAUAAAUUGUAUUUAUGGACUUUAUUUUAAAAUGAUGUUUUAGCUGUUGGUAGAGCAUGGCGUAUGUAAUACCAGGGUAGUGGUUUUUAUUCCCUGGACCACCCAUACGUAAAGUGAAUGCAUGCAUGUCUGUAAAUCACUUUGGAUAAAAGAGUCUGAUAAAUGGCAUAUCAUGUAGUUCAGACAGUGUUGACAAAAUAAUCAGAAUUGGGCUGCCUGUGUAAAUGCAGUCAUGGUAGUUUCUGAAUGCACAACUGCAUUAAAAAAAAUCUGUCUACU